AUGGCCCUCCUGUCGCGGUCUUCCCUCCGCUCUGUGCGACGGGCGCCCGAAGAACCUGCCGACAGUCUAGCACCGCCGACAAAGAAACCGCGCAUCGAAAAUCGCGACCGCAAGAGCUCCCCCGAUUGUCUCGACACCAAAGAUCCUACCUCAAAAUCCCGUCCUACCUCCCUGAAACCCUCGCGACCGCGCACCUCCAAUCGCACUCGUCGCGACUCCUCCUCGUCCGUGGACACUGUCGCCUCCUCCGUCGGACGAUUGGGGACUCCGGCGACACGUACAAACGGAAAUGGCAUCCUCAAGACCCCACGCGUCCGCCGUGACCAAGGAACCCCCUCCGGCGCAGAUCUGCUGCGCGGUGUGCAUGAGUCGCCAGAUCCAUUGGACACGAUCUCUCCAGCGCCCUCGGUCGCGAAGCAGCGCACCGUUACCCCAGCGAACGUGGUCUCGAAUGUCAAGCCCACUUCACCUGUGACCCGCACGACUCGUCGCAAUGAGAAUAGAUCGCUGGCCGACGUCGACGAGAACGCGACUAAGAAAGAGGGUGCUGUGGACGACGUGACCUCGACGCGAGAGAACAAGACCGAGGCGCCUGCCGAGCAACCUGCAUCGACAGACACACGGUCGGGGAGACGGUCGUUGCGUUCAACAGAUACCGGAUCACGGUGCAAGAGCGAGCUUGCGCAGUAUUUCCACAACUAUGAACAGAUUAUCAGUCUGGAAGUCCCUGAACCUGAAUUCCUCGCCGCGAAAACAACCAUCACUCUCGUGGACGAUCUAUCGCGACCACUACCUUUCUGCUCAAACCCCGACCCUACACCUUUCGGUAACCCACUACUUAAGCUCUACGACUGUGAAAAGAUCACCCUCCCCAAACCCGCAUCAAACACACCUGCAAUCGACCCACUGAGGGAAGAGACCUAUUUCCGCGCGCAUCGCAAGUUCGAGCGACAAGAGAAACAACUCCGCAAUAUCGAGCGCAACCGCGCUCAACAUGAACAGCAAGUCCUGGAGCGCCUUCUGGACGAGCUACGCGGCCAUGACUGGCUACGCAUGAUGGGCCUGACGGGCGUCCAUGAGAGCGAGAAGAAGCUCUAUGAGCCGAAGCGCGAUAUCUUAAUCCAAGAGCUAGUCACUCUGGUCAACAAGUUCCAAGCAUGGAAAGACGAAGAGCGUCGACGAAAAUUGGAAAAGGAAAAAGCUCACCCGGUGCCAGGAACCGAGGUAGCAUCCAAUGCUCCGCCCCGACAGCACUCGCGCAAACGAUCCCGUCCCGCCGAAGAGGCGGAUACCUCCCCGGCACCGGGGAUUGAUAUGCAAAGCAUGCCAGAUGUAGAUGCAGAGCCAGAUCCAGACCCAAGUGACAUCGAUGCCUUAGCUGCGCGCCAGCUCCACCAGGAAGCUCGCUCAGCUGGCGCUGCUAAAUCGCGCAAGGCAGCCCCUGCUGCUCGCAAGUCUAUCUCGAAACCGGCCCCCAAUACCAACACUACCACUAACACCCCACGAACCGGCCCCUUCACAUCCUUCUUCCGCCAACGACACGUCCGCGAUGCAGCCAUCGCCGCAACAAAAGGUAUUCGCCGCGGCGGGUCUCGCUCAACACUCGCAUUCGGAUAUCAAGUUCCUGAACAGGAAGAACAGGAAUUCGAGUUGCCGCCGGAGAUCCUAAAUGAGGAUUCUAUUCAGCAGUCGCAACGGAAGAGACGGAGACUUAAGAGACGGAGUCUGGGGGGUUGA